AUGGCAACCCCACGGCUACCAUUCCUCUACCCGAAUCUGAUGCGCGCAGUGAGAGCAUGCGAGCCUACUCCCUACCGCUCAGCUCGCCUCCCUCGGCCCGGCCCCUAUAGCUUCCAGACCACUCGGCAUCACAACCAAGAGGCCUACCAGCGCCGCUACGGCCCAGCGGUCGACCCAAAUCUGCCCCCUCCUUCGAAGCCGAAGGGUCGAAAGCCCACCAAGGCGGUGGAGGGCGCUGCAGCAUCAGAAAAUGAGGGCGCGGCCAACGCCACCGAGCGCGAGAACACUCCGCCCGAACAGUCGCAGCAGGCGCAGUCUCAAGACGUCUCCCCGGGUACUGCCGAUGCGCAGCCUGAUCAAGGGCAGGCUGCUGCAGACUCCACCCAGAGCCCCUCCACCCCGCAACCCGAUCAGCUCGAUGAGAGUCCUGCGCCAGGGGACAUCGACGAAGAUGUCUCGGCAGCUGCAACCACACCAGCCCCUGAAGCAGCAGCGAACGAAGAAAAUCCCGAGCCGGCUCCCGCCCCAAACACAAAUCAGAGCGCAUUCGAUGAUGUCUACCACAUGCCUGGCCCGUCCGCUUCUCUCUUUCCAACAGGGCCGUCGCCAUCCGACCAACACACGCCGCCCCAUCUAACCCCAGGGCCAUACGUGCACCAUUUCGAUACAUACUCGCUAGUACGCGAUCUCUCGAAUGGCGGCUUUACAAACGAUCAAUCCAUCACAAUCAUGAAAGCCGUGCGGAACAUCCUCCAAAAGAAUCUCGAUCUGGCCAGGGAGAGCUUGACCUCGAAAUCAGACGUCGAGAACGAGGAGUAUCUGUUCAAGGCAGCAUGCUCGGAGCUCCAGUCCUCUCUACAGACCGCUCGCAGCUCGGAAAUGCAGAGACAGCGUGCUUCGCGCACGCAACUGCAGCACGAAAUCGAUAUCCUCUCCCAGCGCCUCAAUCAGGAACUCUCUGGCAUGAAAGAUGAUAUCAAGGGCAUGUUCAAUGACCAUAGCAUGCUCACGCGAGAGCAGCAGCGGAGUAUCGAUACUUCGGUCCAGGAGCUGAAUUAUAAGAUCACCGUGUCGCUCAAUAGUGAUGGGAAGAGCGAGAUUGAAGGACUGCGCUGGGUUCUCACGAGGCGCGCUGCUUUGACGGUGGGCAUUUGUGCUUUCAUGAUUAUCGUCUUCCUCAAAUACUCGUCCACCCGAAAGGUACAGGACACACCCAAGGUGGUCAAGGAGGUGGAGAAGCCAAUUCCCAAAGAAGGAUCAGAGACUCGUCCUGUCCACGAUGCGGGAGCCCAGACAGAGGGCGCAUCUCUUGCUCAACUCGGCGAGUCCCUGGGUUGA